AGCGACCCGCACUGCGUUGUUGCGAAGUGGGCAGGCCAGCAUUACUUCCGGGACUGCCCGCAGUAGCCGCCCACAUGGUUCGAAGGCACCGGUCCCGAGCAGCUGUAGCUGAAUUGCUGGCAAGCAGCUGCCGCAUGGAGGGAAUAAUCGAUUCUCGAGACAUCGAUGUCAACCAAUCAGCUUCCGGUGUCCAACGCUGUAAGUGACGUUGCACUUAAAAAUCUCUCCCUUAAAUGAAAGGUUACGUUGACAUAAUGGGAGGAUGGGCAAAGCCAAUAUAUAGAAAAUUUUUCAUGGAAAUGCUCUGCCCAUUUCUUUAAAAGAAUCACAUUGUUUUAUCUGCAUGGUGAUAUCUUAUUGUACUUUGCCUCAAACAAAGGACUGGAUUUUAGGUUGAUACCACUACUCUUCUACUACCUGCACCGCGUGCUUGAGCAAAGCCUUAACUUCCGAGUUACUUCACAUAUAUAUUUGUGUGAGAGACCUUCUGUCUGUCUUUUAUUUCUUUUUUAAAGAUACUACAGCCUGCAGCCAGUUUUUGCUGCUCAUGGCUACUGUCUAUCCAACCAUGGCUGUCACAGCUCCAAAAGUACUUAGUUUCCUCAGCUGGAACCUAAAUGGCCUAGCAAGUGCAUUAAAAGAAGGAAAGGAAAAGAAGGAACUCAUGUCCAAGAAAAUGGAUGAGGUGGAUGUUGUUUUCUUUCAAGAAACCCACAUUGGUGAAGGCAAUGAAAAGCUUAUUCAGAGAUUUACAGACUGGCAUUUACAUUACACAACAUAUGACACGGCAAGAAGAGGAGUGGCAACAUUGGUAAACAGAAAGGUACAUUUUAGUCUGAAGGGAGAGAUUAAACAUAAUGAUGGAGGUUACUUAGUUCUGAUUUGUGAGAUUGAAGGUCAGCCGUACACUCUGGUGAGUGUGUACAACCAUCAGACAGACACAGAUAUUCUGAGGGAACUAUCAUCAGUUUUGCAGGAACAUGCCAGCGGGAUGUUAGUGAUUGGAGGAGACUUCAACACUGUACUCAACCCUUACAUAGACAAAACGUCUCCAACACCCAAUCAGGAUCAUUUGAAAUUAUUGCCUCAUCUUAAAACAUUCAUUAGAUCUCUUCAGCUGGUGGACGUCUGGAGGAGAAGAAUCGAAAACAAUCGCUUCUAUACUUUCCAUUGUAAAAAGAACACUUCAAGGAUCGACUAUUUCUUCCUGCCAGAGGAGUGUCUGUGGCGUGUGCAGAAAUGUGAAAUUGAGGACAUUCCUUCUGAUGACCAUCUUCCUAUCAGCCUUCAGCUGAAUAUGGAAGUCAUUAGAAAGGAUCCAAACCUUGACAGUGAAGACCAGCAUAGACCAGACUAUGAAACCUCUGUCAGUGUUUGUAUGGGGAAUUUGUCUUUUAGUCUACAGUGGAUUAAGGAUGAUGAUAUUAUUGAGGCUAUCAAAUCUCUACAGAUGUCGGACACACCAAGACCUAAUGGAAGACCUGUUACUUCCUACAAGUCAAACUAUUGUAUAGAUUUACAGAGCCUCUACAACAAGAUCACUGAUGGAUCAUUUGACUGUCAAAGUCAUCAAUUUAACAAAUCCAUUCCAAAGCAGACCUUCCGUUAUUUCAACAUGGCAGACUUUACAACAGACCCAGAAUAUGAUGACCUUGGAAGCUUUCUUAAGGACAAUGCAUUUGAUAACAGCAACAUUCGCAAAUCUUCAGACAAUAAGUUCUCACUCCCUUGGCAGAUAUUCCAUUUCUUCAAUGUGAAUUAUGUCAUUUUAGCAACGAUUCUUGCCAGGCGCCUGGAAAUGUGCCUGGAGUCCAAGCAACCAGAAAAACCUCUACAGCCUGACAACGAGAAAUACCUGGCAAUGUAUUACCACUUCAUUCAGCGUGAAACAGUAGCAGUUUAUUGGCAACUUAUUGAGAACAGUCUUGAAAAUGUUGUUACAAAUGAUUGCGAGAAGUAUUUAAAAGCCCUAAAGAACAUCCUCAAGAAUGACCCUUCUAGACCACAACACAAGCUGCUGUGCCAUGGUUGCCCUUUGACCCCAGUACUUCGAAGUUUCCUUCUAAAGUAUUAUGCUGAAAAAGACUUAAACAGACAAUCACAGGUCUGUGUGUAUGGGGACUAUGCAAUUUCAGUUGUCCCAAGAGAGAAAUGUAAGUACAAGAUUGAAGGAGAUGGCGGGUAUAGAAUCAUAUGCACCAUCGCAACCGCUCCUCAUCUUACUCGUGAUUCACUCCACAGGAGAAGUGGAUCACCCUCAUCUCCCUUCUUUUUUGAUCAUAUUCUGUCUGAGAGGUACUGAAAUGAAUGUUAGAUAAAUGAAAUGCACCCCAGACCCCUCAGCUAAUAUAAAAAUUGUCUAUGUUUGUUUCAAAAAACUACCUAGUAGAGGCCUACAGCAUGUCUUUGGGAUUAGAGGAAAUUCAGCACCGCUCUGGUUUUUACUCCCCUUGCUUUGUCACUCCGUUAGAGAGUGUGGAAGGAAAACUGUUACGGGUCUGAGAAGACAUGCAUGUUGGGUAGCUGUCACUAUCUUAGGUCUUAGGCAUGAGGAGAAUUCCGGGUCAUAUUGGGGGAAGUGGGCUAUCAAACAGAGCUUACAGGAAACCUGUGGCUACUUCAAGAGUCUGUCAAGACGAGAAUAGCUGUUUGAGGUUAAAGAAGACGUAGGACCUCCAAGGAAUGGGACCAAACUCUACUGGCGAGUUACUCUGAAGGAAACCUAUUGAUCAUAAAUUGCAAUAUGUCAGGAUGUGCUAAUGCAGAUGAUAUUAUAUGAAUAAGGGAACAUAUAUGCUUAGGAUAAUAGUAGUAACAAUGGUAUUUAGCUACUGGGAAUAGUUUGAACCAUGGGUGGGCUUGUGACAAACUUUGAGGGAGGAAGUACGAGGUCAAACAGUGCAGGGUGAGCUGGGACAAGACAGGUGCAUGGGGGAGGGGGCGGUCACAUGAUCGUUUUGGGAUAGGGUAACUAAUGGGGUAACCAAAGCAACUAUGUAACCAAAGCAACUAUGUAUAAGUGAUGUGCCUUUUGAAGUGGCAACUAACUAUAACUAACGUAACUCUUGAAGUAUUAACCAAUCAUUGUUAAUGAGCUUUUUGAUAGGUGAAUCGGCUUACUAUUAGCAGUUAUGUUUCUAAUACUCGGUACAAGUAUGUACUGUACAAAUAAUCAAUGUAAUCUACAUAUGUGAUUACCUACAUUGUAUGAAACCAAACAAUGUAUUGUCCCCAUACUACAGUAUGUGUUAAUUUUGGUAAACUUUGAGCAUAUAAUUUAUAUGGCAUGUGAUUUGAACAUAAAAAAAUAGUAUUUGCUUUUUAAAUGUAGCAUUUCAGCUGUUAUCACAUUACUUAAUGUCUGCAUGUAGUUCCAGUUUUAUUCCUGUUAAUCCACUAUAACAGUAUCUUAUGAUACCCAUCACUUGUUCCAUUAUUAUUUUAACUGUGUAAUAUAAUGACCACUGAAAUAACUGUACAAUAAUUACUUAAGUAAUAAUAAUAAUAAUAUGCUGUGUUCAUCCAUCUAUCUGUCUAUCUAUCUAUCUAUCUAUCUAAUUGUAUUUUAUUUUAUUUUUUUGUUAUUUGUCUACAUACCUCCCUAAUCUCGCAAUACUUGUAUUCUUGGCUGGAGCAACUGUAACAAAACCAAACUUCCCCCAGGGAUUAAUAAAGUAUUCUGAUUCUAACUCAUA